UCCAAACAGAUUUUUAUAUAUGUAUAUGGUAUUGCACUUACCAGUCUAUUUGCAUGUCCAUAACAAUUCUUAUAGUUCUUUUUUUUUUUAUCAAAAGUAGAAGGAGCUCACAGAUUGCCUUGUGCUGCUUAGUAGAGCAGUGCUGAAGUGUGUGGCAACCAAGCUUUUAUCUGAUCGAGUUCUGAUAAAGUUUAUUGUUUCAGAGCAAAAAACGAAAAACUGUUCAACCAUGGCUUGUGCUAGCCAAAGAGCCAAGGUUCAGACAAAUUUUUCUCCUAUGGCUCCUCAUUUUUUCAAAAUUAUUCUUGAAGAGAAUAUUGGGAGCACCAAGUUACAAAUUCCAAAGACAUUUUGGAUGAAGUAUUGUGGCUCCUUAUCUAGUCAAGUUUUUCUUAAGCUUCCAUGUGGAUCAAGAUGGGAAGUAGGGUUGACAAAAAGUGAUGGAAAAGUGUGGAUAGAAAAGGGUUGGGAAAAUUUUGCACAACAUUGUUCUUUAAGCUUUGGACACCUUUUGGUUUUUCGAUACGAAGGGAAAUCACAGUUCAAUGUCAUCAUAUGUGACAAAACAACUGUGGAGAUAGAUUAUCCUUCUAAUCCGAACCUUAUUGAGAAGCAUGUUGAUACUGACGAUGAUGUUUCUAUUGAAGUUUUGGACAACGUUUCAUGGCAUCCUAAAACAAGGGUCAAAUCUCCAUUAUUACCAUGUUCUCAGCCCCACAAGAAAAUGAGACGAAGUGCUCUCGGUAAAGUUAUGCAAAAAGGAGGCUUAUCAAUUAAAGUAGAAUCUGGUGACACUAUAGAUAACACAACUGGCUUGGCUACCCCAAAAAGAUUACAGAAACUUUCGUCUGUCUACAGAAACACCACAGCUCUUGAAAGAUCCAUCUACUUUCAGUCUGAAUAUCCUUUCUUCAUUGUUAUUAUGAAAGCAUCAUACGUAACUGGUCGGGGAAGUUUCUAUAUACCAGCCUGGUUUGCAGAAACAUACAUUAAUAAGAAAGAAUGUGAAGCUAGUCUUUGGAUUUCAAAUGGAAAAUCUUGGUCUGUUUAUUUCAAGGUUAGAUUCAGAGGUGGAAAUACAGCAGCCGAAUUCAUUAAUGGCUGGAAAGCGUUUGCGCAUGAAAAUAGUUUGGAAGUGGGUGAUAUUUGCAAAUUUGAGCUGACUCAGAAUGACAAUGGAAUUUCCUUUAGAGUUUCAUGUGUUAAGGGGGAUGAUGAUGCAUAUGAUUACUUAGCUGCAAAGUUAGCAAGUACAUCAAAGCAAAAUGUGAAACAUGAUUCUUCUUUUACUAGCAAUGAUAAAGUCAGCAUGAUUUCACAUAACAUUUUCCUGAAGAAAGAACAAGAGAAAAAUGUUGUUGAACUUUCAGAUAAGUCCAGGAAGCUCAUAUCUGAAGCCAAGUCAGGCAACCGAGGCACUAGUAAGAGGCCUUCAUCUUCAGUAGUUAGUAGAGUUUCUGAAGCAGGCAGCCAUUUCUCUUCAAAAAAUCCUAGCUUCCAAGUGGUUUUGCAACCAAGUCACGUGCAAAGACAUAAACUGCCUAUUCCACUUACUUUUGCAAGGCAUAAUUUUGGGGAAAAGGCACAAAUUAUGACUCUUUGCGUUGGUGAGGAAUAUUGGAAUGUGAAGUUAUUGGUUUAUGAAUCAGAAUACACCUUUUCAGCUGGAUGGGCUUUAUUUGCAAGAGAGAACUCUCUUCAGCCCAGAGAUGUCUGCAUCUUUGAGCUGAUCAAGAGGAAUCAACCUGAGCUGAAAGUUUCCAUAAUUAGACAAAGUGUGAGAUUGCUACUUCCUAGUAUGUGAUGAUCAUAGUCAAGGGAUAACUUCAAAGCACUUUAAGUUUUAUUGUUGCUCGUUUGUGAGAAUUGAUGUUGCUCUUAUUUAGGUAGCAUGAUGCCGUUUUAUUUAGGUUCACUGUCGUUUGUAAAUUUUUGUCUUCGUAAUCCGCUGUUGUUUACUAGUCAGGAUUGUAAUUUUCGUAGAGUGUCGUUUGUGCCAUGUUCUGUAUUUUAGGAUACGUUUUUGUCGUUAUUUCUUUUUUCCAGUGCAAAGAAUUAUAUUUACUUA